GCCUAUCCAUUGCGGCAGCGGAGGACGAGCGGGUGAAAGGUCAGUUCACAGCUACAGCAGAGUUCCGUGCACCUGGUCUCGAGGCUCGCUGCAGAUUGUAAAUUUGGCGCCGCCCAUCGGCUGCUCAGCCGACCUGGUAGCACGGCGACGCUCCAGCACUCGACAACCCAGCAAAACCGUCUCGGAACUAGCGUUCCUGGGCUGUUCAAUUCAAAGGAGCGACAAACCGACCUCCUUGUCCCAAAGAGCCAGAAAACUCGACCCGAGAUGGCGACUCAUGAUAGCUCCGGCGGCGAAGGUCCUCUCGAGGACCGACUGCGCAACUUGAUCCUGAACCAUGCCAUGGAGUUAUCGGCACACCAGGCGCGGGAUGCGGCAUCUCAUUUGCAGUUCCAGCAGCCUAUCGCCCAGCCUAUCGCCCAGCCUAUCGCCCAGCCGAUCUCUCAGUCGGGCCAGAAUGGAGUUCCGGGUCCGGCCUCGCCAGGUAAUCCGGGCGGUUCCUCCUCAUCGAAACCUGCCCGGAAGCGACCAAACCAAGCACAGCGUCGCCAAAUGUCUGCCCAGCUCUCCAUCCCGAUCGACACGCGGCCCCAGUUCCCAUCGCCGCAGAGGUCAUAUGCGAGCCCUCCAGGUUACCAGGAUCAGCAUCAACACCACGGCAAGGGGGGCUCCCGCAGGAAUCAACCACCACACCCGGCUGCUUUCCGCCCACCCAGCCGCGACGAUGGGGUACCGAGCGCGCCUUUGACCGGCCCGCCGUUUCCUCCCCGGUCGCGGCACCAGCCUUCGCUGUCGUACCAUGGGCCCAUGCCGACCCCGAACCAGUACGGCUGGCCGCCGCCUCCCCCGCUUCCCCGGGACCCAAGGAUGCCGUUCUAUCAUCAGAUGCCAGGCAUGCCGCCCAUGCCGCCCAUGCCGCCCAUGCCGCCCGUGCCCUUCGAUGCCCCGGCACCGACCCAUCGACCGCAGCACAGUUCCGACCUCAACGGCUCUGAAGGGCCGUUGCUCCCUAGCCCGGAGGAACUGAUGGCUCAGUCGGAAAUGCUUCAGCGCCUCUGCGACACAAUAGUUGCAGAUGCCGAGAUUGAGACUGCCGAGAUCAUAGAGAAGGAAAACUUUCGCCAGAAAAUUGAGAAAGUCGCGCGAUCUGUCAUUGCCGAACACGAGAGGAAACAGAACGGUUUCGAGAACUUCCCGGAAGAGAGUGUCCAGCUCAAGUGCUUCGGCAGCCUUGCGUCCGGCUUUGCUACCAAGGCUUCUGAUAUGGACCUUGGUCUUUUGUCUCCAUUGUCACGCGUUCAGCCCGACGAGCCCGGUUCCCUGAUUCCCAGGCUCGUCGAAAAAGCAUUCCUUGACAUGGGCCUCGGCGCCAGGCUGCUCGCACAGGCACGCGUCCCCAUCAUCAAGGUCUGCGAAAAGCCCUCCGAGGAGCUUCGCCAGGCCCUCCUGGCUGAGCGGGCGAAGUGGGAACAGGGUGGUGGUGGGAACGACCAGGAUGACGAAGCUCAUGACGGCGCAGACUUGGAUGCGACCGAGGACCGAAUCCACGAAACGGAGGCUCAGCUACGGGAAGAGGUACCCGGGUUGGACAGUGCUGAGCGAGAUGCUGCCGACGCUCGGACCGUCUCCGACGACCGCCCCAACGAACCCGACGCGCAGCCCCAAGAAAAGACCAUGGAUCCCGAGGAGAGGCUGCGCCAGCUGAAACAGGGCGCGACUUCCGGCUUAUCUUCCUACUAUGCCUCUGCAAAACGCUUGCUUCGAAAGCUCGGCGGCCGCGAUAUCACCCGAUCCAACAGAAAUGAGUUUGGGGAAGAAGAUGUCAAGCUCCUCAACCGAGUUUGCCUCGCGUUCGUUGACGGCUUGGCGGACAAGACUCUGCGCAACCGGUUACUCAGAUACCGUUCCCUAAAUCGUUAUGAUCUCUCUCAGGGCAGUCAUCCUCGCACCCUGCUGAGCGUCCUUAACCAGAUCGAGGGCGAGAUGAUCGCGUCGCUAUGGGACUCCCGCCCUUUCCAGGAGAAGGACGAGCACCGCGAAGCCGCUGCGGAGAACAUCAUCAAGGCUUGGGAGGCACUCCAGGACAGGCCCGACUUUGGUCGAGAUCCUCUCGCUUAUCAGAAGGAGCUGCACCUGGCGGUGGAACAGCUGAAGAAAAUCGCCACGAUCCAGGUCUUGCUUCUCUCUCAGGGCCCGAACGAGUCUCCAGGCAGCUACUGCAGCAGGGCAAUGAGGUUGCUCCAUGAGCUUGGCGGAAACGACUCGCGCGACCGGGCCGAGACGGUCCUGCCAACCCUGAUCGAGCAUUACGUCGGAGGCAUCUCGGAUCAAGCCAUCCGGGAGCAAGUCCGGGACUUCCAACAGUCCCACCGCAUCAGCCGCCUGCAGACCAUCGGCCGUAGACACAAGAGUCUACAGCUGGCCCACGAUUACGAAGUUUGUCUCGCGAAGGGCGUGUAUGAGAACGAGGCCGCAGCCACGGUUCGGCAGUAUGUUGACCUCCUGCGGGCUCCGCUACCCAAGUCAGGUGCAGGUCAUUCCCACGGCAUGAUCCCGCUCCCUCCACACUCGCCGCUUCUCUCGCGCAUCCGCCAGCUCGGCGAUCCGUCCAAGGCAGCACCGAACCGACCGCGGGACCGCUACAGCAGCGCCCUCGAGUUUCCCAAGACCGGCGUCGGCGUGCAAUGCGACAUCAACUUUUCCGCCCAUCUCGCGGUCCAAAACACUCUCCUUCUGCGAUGCUACUCCCACUGUGACCCCCGCGUACGGCCGCUCAUCCUCUUCGUCAAGCAUUGGGCCAAAGUCCGCCGCAUCAACUCGUCCUACCGUGGCACGCUCAGCAGCUACGGCUACACGCUCAUGAUGCUGCACUACCUCGUCAACAUCGCCCAGCCGUUUGUCUGUCCGAACCUACAGCAGCUCGCCCGGCCGCCGGAUCCGAACCUCAGCCCCCAGCAGAUUGAGGAGACGGUCUGCUGCAAGGGGCGAAACAUACAGUUUUGGCGCGACGAGGCAGAGAUCAUCCGCCUCGCCCGCAGCAACGCGCUGACGCAGAACCGCGAGUCUGUCGGCGAGCUCCUGCGCGGCUUCUUCGAGUAUUACGCCAAAGGUGGCUCGGCCAUGACCCUGUUGCCCUGCCGGAGCUUCGACUGGGGCCGCGACGUGAUCAGUCUUCGAACGCACGGCGGCCUGCUGACGAAGCAGGCCAAGGGGUGGACAGGUGCCAAGACAGUGCUCGAGGGCCAGCCGGCGGCGGGUCCCGGGAACGCCGUUCCUACUGCACCCGGCGAAGCGAGCCCUCACAGUCCAUCUCCUCAACCGGGCCGCCACCAGCCGCCGCACCCGGCGGAGCAAUCGCCGCAGGGCGGGGCCGGGGGCGGGGGCGGAGGCGGGAGCGGGAGCGCGCAGUCGAGCAAACAAGCGGGCGCGCAGCUCAAGGAGGUCCGUCACCGCUACCUCUUCGCCAUCGAGGACCCCUUCGAGCUGGACCACAACGUCGCGCGCACCGUCACGCACGACGGCAUCGUCAACAUCCGCGACGAGUUCCGGCGCGCCUGGCGCAUCAUCCGCAACGCCGGGCGCAGUGCCCAGGGCCAGGGCAGGCACCAGGGCGGCUGGAAGCAGGAGAGCCUGCUGGAGGACGUGGCCGACGCCGAGACGGAAAGGGAGAGGGAGGCGUUCAGCAAACUGCUCGAGGAGCUGCACGGGGUUCCUGGCGGCGCGCCAGAUGGAGGCGAGCGGGGAGCGACGGUGGGCGAGGAGUAGUUCUUCCAGGGGAGAGAGUAAUUAGCAGAGGAUGAGCAGAGCAAUAUCGAAUGGGAAGGCCGGCCUGGGGCUGGGAGGACGAUGAUGGCCGAUGUAAAGGCGUCCGUCGGAUGUUGGAUUCGGGAGUCGACUGUUCUUGAAACUACCUAUACAAGCGAAGGCUAAGGUAUUAUUAA